AAAACACCAAAAUUGGUCGUACGACCUUAGCAGCGCUCAAACCAAACCAAAUCAAAUCCAACACCAAAGUCACCAACCAUUUCUUCAUCUUCAUCUUCAUCUCCGAUUCAAGAUUACUUACCCAUUUCAAUCCUCCCUAUUUCUCUGGAAUUUUAUUCUUCCCAUUUUGCCCCUCGUGAUUCCUUGGAAAUUCCCUGUAAUACCCUCUUCUUCUUCAACUAUGGCGGUCUCCCUUUUACUCCUCUGUGUAACAGUCUUUUCCGCGUUACAAUUGGUUUCUUCUCUGCCUUUAUGUGAUUUACAACAAUUUAAUUCUUUCGUCCAUGCUCUUCAAUCUCAAUCUCAAUGCCCGCCCUCGAUCUCUGCAAAUCUACCUCUUCAGGUGACUGGAAGCUUCCUUGACAGAACCCUCACAUCUAAACAGAAAAUUGGAUAUACAUCUGUCCUCUUUUAUGGUUCCUGGUGUCCUUUCUCACGUGGUCUUUAUCCAAAAUUUGAAGCACUAAGCUCCAUGUUCCCUGAAAUAGAGCAUUUGGCAAUUGAACAAUCUUCAGCAGCACCAAGUGUCUUUUCAAGAUAUGGAAUUCAUAGCCUGCCUUCAAUAUUACUGGUGAACCAGAAAUCAAGGGUGCGGUAUCAUGGUCCUAAAGAUCUUUCCUCCCUUGUCCAAUUCUAUGAGAAAACCACUGGACUUGAACCAGCCUUCUAUUUUGACGAGGAGCAACCGAUCAGCUUGGAAAGUGGUGAAAGCUCCAUAGUCCUGUCAAUGAAUGGUUCAGCACUGAAAGCGGUAUCAAAGAGGGAACCAUACUUGGUUUUCUCUAUAUUGUUCCUCUGUUUCAGGGUACUUGUAUCCAUUUUCCCAAGGAUGUUGUCUCGCGUCAAAGUAUUCUGGGUCUCGUGUGUUCCCCACCUGAAUUUGGGAAUAAUCAGAGAAACGAGCCAGAUAAUGGAGCGUGUGAGCCACAUGAUAGACGUGAGUGGUUUUUGGACCAAGCUGAGACAAUGCAAGACGAGGAAUUGGCGUGAAGGUGCAAGGAAUGCCCGGGUUUGGGCUUCUUCUCUCGCUUCUGUCUCUUUGGGUGAAUCUUCAUCUGCGAGAACAUAAAUCUUGUGCAAGACAUUUGAGGGUAGGAAAGAGCUUAUCGGGUCCUUGAGCCUCAGUACUAAGGUAGUUCCUCACUUUCUUUCUCUCAAAUUAUUAUAUUGGUAGUGAUGAUAGCUGAAGCUGUUGUCCUUGUCUGAGUUGGGAUUUUUGGGAAAAAGGCAAACAAGCAUGUAAAUUUGCGAACAGCUUUCUUUUUUGUGUAAAUUAUUUGCCCUUCUGGCUACAUCUUUACUUAACCAUAAGUGGAAUGUAAUCAAAUUAACCUC